CUCUCUCUCAACUUGCAUUACUACCACCAUCAAGCAGAACAUUUACACGAAGCACUCACGACACAAUGGUAUCUACAACGAAGCUACUACCAGCCAUCGCCCUGAUGUUGUCAACGGUUGUCUCGGCGCAGGUUGUCUUGAAGAAGUGCUACUGUUCGGUCCAGGACCUCAGCCCAAACGCUCCUCCAUUUGAGCAGCGGGUGAAUGUCCAAUGGACCGCACAGGCUUGUGUGGACCAAGGUUAUAUGGAUGGCAACGCGUGCAUCGUUGCUGCCGACCCGGUUAGAGAGGACCAUUUCCAAGAUGACUGCUUAGAACUUCCCGGCCUCUCGACCACAGGCUGCAUUUAGUUGGUGAACAGGCGGGAGGGUUUAGAAGUACUGUUGGAGGAGGGACGCGGGAUGGGUUUCUGGACAAAGGCAGGUUCGUGGCACUGCAUGCCUUUAUCAGUAUACCGGUUAGGAAACGAAGCAAAGGAAUGAUUCUCGGUU